AAAAAAAAAAAUCCAUGAAGAAGAGUAAAGCAAUUAUCUUUUCUUUUUUCUUUUUUCUUUUUUUUUCCCCUGUACGUUGCAGUUUAAAAAUAAUGUUAUUGAAAUGGUUAGAAAUUAGUAACUGUAAAUAACUACCUAAACCACUUCAAAUUCAAAUUAGUGUGAAAACCGAAUGGAUCCAAUAAAUAACACACGUACUACUUACUCUGUUCUCCCUUUGUAUGUUUUUUAUUGUCCAGAAAUCAUGGAGAAACCUGAAGGUAUUGGAAUCAAAGUUUACAACAACACAGCCCCAGAACCACAUGAAGAGACCACCGUACCGAUACCACACCCAAAUCCUGAUCAGUCCUCUUCAUCGGCUCCGGAACCCGAACCCGGACCCGGCCGCAAACGGCGCGUCAUGGCAAAGGGUGUCCAGAAAACCCUCUCGAAAACCUCCAUGCUCGUAAACUUCCUCCCAACUGGCACACUCCUAACAUUCGAGAUGGUCCUCCCUUCAAUAUACCGCAAUGGCCGAGACUGCUCUGCCGUCACCACCAUGAUGAUCCACCUCCUUCUUGGCCUUUGCGCUCUCUCUUGCUUCUUCUUCCACUUCACCGACAGUUUCCGUGGUCCUGACGGCAAGGUCUACUAUGGUUUCGUCACUCCAAAAGGAUUAGCAUUGUUCAAGCCGGGUCUCAAAGUGGAUGUUCCCAAAGAAGACAAGUAUAAGAUGGGGUUGACGGACUUUGUCCAUGCGAUAAUGUCGGUGAUGGUGUUCGUGGCGAUUGCGUUUUCGGAUCACCGGGUGACGGAUUGUCUGUUUCCGGGUCACGAGAAGGAAAUGGAUGAGGUUAUGAAGAGCUUUCCUUUGAUGGUGGGGAUUAUAUGCAGUUCUCUGUUUCUUGUAUUUCCCAACACUAGGUAUGGGGUUGGAUGCAUGGUUGCUUGAUUGGAGAAUUAUUGUUGUUUCCAUUAACAAUUUGUUGUUUGUAUUUGUUGCCAUGGAUUAGUUCUUGGAUAGUUCUAUUUUCGUUCGUUAAAUACUCAAACAUUACUCUGGCAUUCUUGUGUUCAAUCAAAAACUUAAAUUCAAUGUGCUUGUUUUACUAUUAAAAUAAUAAUAGUUUUUACAUGGAAGUCUGAUGAAUGUAAUUGUUAGAGGGAUA